AUGAGCAAUAAUCAUACAUAUUCAAUUAAACAGGUCCAAACUCUUAAAUACCUGGGUAUUUUACUUGACCAAGCCUUGACGUGGAUACCUCAUCUUAACCAGGUCAAGGAGAGAGUAGGAAACUUUAACAAUCUUAUUAAAAGGGUGGCCAGGGCGACCUGGAGACUUAAGCCAAAAAUGCUUAAAACCAUCUACCUGCGGGCCACAGAACGCAUUAUUUUAUAUGCCGCCAGUGUCUGGUAUCGUAAUACUAAUCGGAUCAAUGAAAAAUUAAAUUCCAUCCAAAGGUCCUCGCUAAUACUCAUAACUAAAGCUUAUGCAACUACCAGCACAGAGGCCCUCCAGAUACUGGCGAAGGUGGAGCCUAUUCACCUUAAAGUAAUUAAUGAUAUUUGUGUCAAACGACUUAGGUGGCAGUGGCGACUGGAAGACUUUGACUCGGAUAUUAGGGCUGUUUUACAGGCUGCACGUCCUGACUGUCCUCCAUCUAGGCUUCACCCAUCCACAUUUCCUUCUGUUCCCUACGGUAAGUCUCUACCAACCAAUACGGGACUUGAAAUUUUUACUGAUGGUUCGAGGAUGGAGGUUGCCAACCCCAAUACUAAGGAUAAGGAAGAUAGAACAGGCUCUGGCAUGAUUGCGAAACUGGAUGGUGAGACUAUUGAGGUGGCCUCCAUCAGACUCACCAAUAACUCUAGCGUUUAUGUUGCAGAGCUCGUGGCAAUUAAAAAGGCUAUUUCAAUUAAAAGGCAAUGGCUUUCUGACAUGGAUUAUCCCAGGGUAACCAUCUACUCCGAUUCGCUGUCCUCGCUGCAAGCACUAAACAAUCCAAAGCCCAUUUCAAAACUUGUGGAAGAGAUAAAACUUCUUUGGCAUGACAAUAUUGAUUGCAAUUGGGUCAAAGCCCAUGCGGGCAUUCAAGACAACGAGGAGGCGGAUCGGGCAGCAAAAGAAGCCACGAGUGACUGCAACAUCUCAAUUGAAGUCCCCAGUUCCAAUGCCCAAAUUAAAACCGUGGUCAAAUCACACAAUAUGAGUGGCUGGAAGCGGGAGUGGCAGAGUUCUGGGAAGGGCAGGCAAACUUUUAAAUUCUUCAAGGAUCCAAAACUAAACAGACUGCAGGCAAAUUUUUAUUUUAACCAAUUUUUAACCGGUCAUGGAGUGUUCGGAGAACAUCAAAGUAGACUUUUUAAUAAAAACAUUCAAUGCAAUUACUGUGGGGAACAACAGACAAUCGAUCAUAUAAUUUUUAGUUGUUCCCAAUUCCGGACACUUCGUGACAAUGACUUUACCAAUUCUUAUCAACACCAAUGUUUUGUCAAUUUGGCCUGCAGAAAAAUUAUCAUCUCUAUUAUUAAACAAAUACUGGAAGAUGUACUCGGAGACAGGCAAUAA